CAGACAGCAUUCUCCACCAAACAGGAGCAGGACAGACAGCAUUCUCCACCAAACAGGAGCAGGACAGACAGUCUGUUACCGUGUAGUUAUACUCAGGGACAACUCAGGUGCUUAAACACCUUUGGACUCUAACACAGGGUAUUUCCCUCUCUAGUCUCAGUCUUUGCCCCCCCAUAUUCUUUGCCCCAAUACUCCUUACUCCCAUAUUCUUUGCCUCCCAUACUCCUUGCCCCACCUAUACCCAUUUCCCCCCCCCCCAGGAGUUGAAGGCUCUGAUCCUGUAGCUCUUUUCUCACCCUGCUGUGCAUGUGAAGGGGCCCCAGGGGGGCAAAUGCACCUGAGUACACCCCUGGGGGGUCACAUGGCUUGGCAGUCACUUACCUGGGAACACAGUACAUAACUGAUCUGCCCCGCAGCCUGUGGGUUUUACAUCUGGAAUUAAUGAUGCAAACAGGAACCCCAUGAUUUAAAUCCGGGAAGGGGUUGGGUUAUUUAGCUAAGCCCCCCCCAUAAAGUGACUGGAGCUCCCCCCUCCCUAUAAUAAAGGGCACGGAGGGGGCGCUGGGCAGGGGGUACCAUGGCAACUCCGUGUAGGGUGAGAGCGGCGCAGCUGGGCGACUGCGAGGAGAUCAUGCGCAUGAUACAGGAACUGGCGGAAUAUGAAGAACGGGCGAAUGAAGUGAAAAACACAGUAGAAGCUCUGAGGAGAGAUGGUUUUGAUGAACCCCCGUUCUUCUCCUGCCUGGUGGCUGAACUGCCCGAGGGAGAGGGAAAUGGUAAAGGCCGAGUGCUGCUGGGAUAUUCCAUAUAUUUCCCCAAGUACAGCUCCUACUCCGGCCGCUGCCUCCAUAUGGACGAUCUGUUUGUGCGGCGUCAGUACCGGGGGAAAGGGAUCGGCUCCCAGCUCCUCUCAGCCGUAGCGCAGGAGUGCAUGCUGCUCGGCUGCUCGGAGCUCCAGUUCCAGGUUCUGGUGCGGAACACUCGGGCCGUGGGGUUCUACGUGGGACGUGGGGCGAGGGUUCUGCGGGGGAAUGAGACCUUCCAUGUGUUGAGGUUCCAGACACAAGACCUACAGCGAAUGGUCUCUGAGACCUCCCGGAUGUCUCGCUGAGGGGCCCCUGGCGACUGCUCCGAGCCUUAUGGCCACGUGGAAAUGAACCUGCCCCCGGGACUCCGCCCCCAGAGACCACGUUUAACCCUUUGUCUGUGGCCAAUAACAUUGUAACAUGAAUGAUACUCAGUCA